AUGGCACCAAUCACGCGGAAUACUUCACUCAAGGCGCUUCAAACGAGGUUGAAGGCUCUAUUGGGAAUGUUCGACGAUAUUUGCCGUUUUGUCGACUCGAUGGAUGAUGACACUCCAGCGACUGCAGCGACAGUUCGUAUAGAGAAAUUGGACGAAUUAUGGGAUCAGAUCAACGACACAACAAUGGAGAUCGAGAUGCACGAAGAUUUCAAUGACGAUGACGAAACCUACUCCAGGAAACGAUCGGAAUUUGGCGAUCGUUAUUACAGGGCGAAAUCUUUGCUACUUGAGAAGGUCAAGGAGCCAGAGAAGAAGUUGAACCUUUCAAUUACCAACCAACAUUCAAUCCAUGAGCACGUUAGACUCCCACAAAUCAAGUUGCAGACCUUCGAUGGCAACAUUGAUGAGUGGUUGAGCUUUAGGGAUCUGUAUUUGUCAUUGAUUCAUUGCAAAACAGACUUACCAGAUGUAGAAAAACUCCACUAUUUAAAGGGGUGCUUAGUAGGAGAAGCUAGGUCUUUGAUAGACUCGCUCGCAAUCACCAAAGCGAAUUACCAGAUAGCGUGGGAUGCGUUAAUGAAACGCUAUAAUGAUAGCAAGAUGCUCAAGCGUAGGCAGGUGCAGGCACUUUUUAAUUUACCAAGCGUUACAAGAGAGUCGGUAGCCGAACUGCAGUCACUUUUAGAAGCUUUUGAGAGUAUCGUUAAAACUUUGGAUCAACUAGUACAACCAGCCGAUUACAAGGAUUUAUUGCUACUGGAUGUGUUGUGUUCGAGAAUGGAUCCAACUACACGCAGAAGCUGGGAGGAGCAUUCUACUCCAAAGGAGCAUAAUACGAUCGAAGAUUUAACGGAAUUCCUACAGAGGAGAAUAAGGGUGCUUAGUUCACUUCCCGAAGAAUCCGUCGAGGCGAAUCAGGAUUAUUCACAACAAUUCAAGGGGAAAAUACCUUUAGCCAAAACUAGCCAUAACGCAUUGAUAUCGUCCAGGGAACAAUGUGUAGUUUGUCCAGGUUUCCAUCUCCUUUACCAAUGUCCGAAGUUCCAACAGAUGACAAUAUCCGCUCGUGAUAAUUUGAUCCGUACCCUUUCGCUAUGUCGGAAUUGCUUCCGGAGGGGACACCAAGCAACCGACUUUUCCAAGAUGCAUUCGAAACAAGAAGAGCUACACCAGCAAAUCUUGGACGCGGUGAUCGAUAAUGCUAAUCAGUCGCACAGAUGGAUCAGCAAAAGGCUUGGAAUCAACCAUGCCACCGUGUCCUGCGUUGUGAAGACCUUCCGUGAGACGAAGACCAUCGAGCGGCGCGCUGGAAGUGGCCGAAAACCUAAAUCGGAAUACCCAGAGAACGCGCGGAAGAUAAGGCAGUACUUUAAGAAGAACCCUCGCAAAUUAUACCUACCCAUUUCGGUAUAG